AUGGUGCUAAAGACACACCUGUGUCAGGAGUGUGGCAAAUCCUUCAGCAAGAAGGGAAACCUGAAGAGACACCAGCGGAUCCACACGGGUGAACAGAUAUUCCCCUGUCCCGAGUGUGGGAAGAGUUUCAAUCAGAAAUCAAACCUGACCAGACAUAGGAAGAUUCACACAAGCGAGGGGCCGUACAAGUGCAGCGAAUGCGGGGAGAGCUUCCGCAUGAACCGCAAGCUGAUCCGUCACCAGCGAAUCCACAUGAGCGAGCCCUUCAAGUGCACUGAGUGUGGGAAGAGCUUCACCCAGCGGUCAAAUCUGGUUCGGCAUCAGAGGAUCCACACCAAGGAGGAGCCCUACCAGUGCCCUGAGUGUGAGAAGACCUUCAACCAGAAGGCCAACCUCUUCCGUCACCAAACAAUCCACAGAAGGGAGAAGCCCCAUGCCUGCACCGAGUGUGGGAAGAGCUUCAAGAUGAAGGUUGACCUCACCAAGCACCUCCGGACUCACACAGGUGAGAGACCAUUCCCCUGCACCAACUGCAGCAAGAGGUUCAUCACCAAAUCACAACUCAAGGAGCACCAGAGGAUCCACACGGGCGAGCGGCCAUAUAAGUGCCUGGACUGUGGGAAGAACUUCACCCAGAAGUCACAGCUCAUCGUGCACUGUCGGAUCCACACAGGUGAGAAGCCCUAUCAGUGCAGCAGCUGCCAGAAGAGCUUUGUGGACAAGUCACAGCUGGUGGCCCACCACCGGAUCCACAUGGAUGACCGUCCCUUCAAGUGCGGGGUAUGCGGCCAUGGCUUCCGCCAGAAGAUCACCCUCAUCAAGCACCAGCAGGUCCACAGUGCCAAGGGGGCCGAGUGGGAUGCUGCCAGGGCCAUCGUGGCCGAAUCCACUCUGGCAGGGGAGAAGAUCUUCCACUGUGGCACCUGCCGGAAGGAGUUCAAGAAGAAGUCAGUGCUGGUGACCCACCAGAGGAUUCACACCGGGGAGGAGCCCUACCCCUGCCCCGCGUGUGGGCGGUGCUUCCGGCAGAAGACCCACCUCGCUCGGCAUCAGCGGACCCAUGAACGGCCCCGUGCCCACAUCUGCGGAGCCUGUGGGGACCACUUUGGCAGCAAGAGGGAGAUGCUGCGGCACCAUCAGGGCCGCCAUCCCCGGCAGGCCCCCCACACCUGCACCACAUGUGGAAAGCGCUUCAGCCAGAAGGUUGGCCUCACAGCCCACUGCCGUGUCCAUGCACGGGAGGAGACCCCCAGUGCCACAGGGAGUGGGCAGCCCCCCACCACCCUUGGUGGUACCCACACCUGUGGGCAGUGCGGGAAGACGUUCACCAAGAAGGGCAACCUGGCCAACCACCAGCGGGUUCAUACCGAGGGCCAGGGUCACCACUGUGGGGCUUGCGGCAAGAACUUUGCCAAGCGGGGUGAGCUGACCAAGCAUGAGCGGACCCACACUGGGGAGAAGCCCUAUGGGUGCAGGCAGUGCGGCAAGCACUUUGCCCAGCGCACCCAGCUGGUCACCCAUCAGCGUGUCCACACCGGAGAACGGCCCUACCCCUGCAGUGACUGCGGCAAGUGCUUUGGCGACAAGUCACGCCUCACGGUCCACCAGCGCAUCCACACUGGCGACCGGCCUUUCCCCUGCCCCACCUGUGGCAAGGGCUUCCGCCAGAAGAUCGCCUUGGUCAAGCACUGCCGCCUCCCCAUUGGCAAGCGGCCCUUCUCCUGCAGCAAGUGUGGGAAGAGCUUUGCCCAGAAGGCCCAGCUGGCAGUCCACCACCGCAUCCACACUGGGGAGCGCCCCUUCCUCUGCACUGACUGCCCCAAAGCCUUCAUCGACAAGUCCCGCCUCAUUGUCCACCGCCGCACCCACACUGGUGAGCGCCCCUUCCCCUGUGCUGCCUGCGGCCGAGCCUUCACCCAGAAGGUCGCUCUCACCACCCACCAGCGGGUCCACACACGGGAGCACCAGCCACUGCCAGCCCCAGUUCCCCUUGGACCCCGGGGUGAGAAGUGGCCAUUCACUUGUGCCGUCUGCGGGAGAGGUUUCCACAAGGAGAUCGCUCUCAUCACCCGCCGGCGGGUCCACACCAAGUACGAGCCCAACCGCUGCAGCAAGUGUGGGCAGGUCUUCCCUGACAGGGCCCAGCUCCGGCUCCACCAGCCCUCCCAUGCCGAGGACCGGCCAUUCAAGUGUGCUACAUGUGGGAAGGACUUCAAGAGGAAGGAGAUCUUGAUUACCCACCAGCGGGUCCACACGGGAGAGGUGCCCUUCCAGUGCCCCCAGUGCAGCAAAAGCUUCUCACAGAAGGCCAACCUCAUGAAGCACCAGCUCACUCACACCCGCCGGGGCCCGUUUAUCUGCUCCGACUGUGGGCAAAGUUAUGCCACCAUUGGACAUUUCAAGAGGCACCAGAGGAAUCACCUCAAGAAGCAAAGUCCUCCUGGUGAGGGAGAGGAGCCUCCUGAGGACCAGGUGACCGGCCAUGUGCCACCGGAGCCCGUGGGUGGCCAGAGCAGCCCCAUCGUCGUGGUGAAGACAGAGGCUGAUGCUGAUGACUAUGAGGUCCUACAGGUCCCAUGA